GUGUGUGUGUGUAUAUAUAUAUAUAUACAUACAUACAUCCAUGCGCUCCGGACUUACUUGACCCAUCCCGAUGCCCUGCUUCUGGUUGAGUUCUCAUCACUUGGAAAUCACUCGCUGCUGCUGAGGAUGGCCCCACAUAGACAGCCAAAGAUCAAUGAGAUUACUGAGAAUGGUACCACUUAAAAACCAUGAAGCUGGUUUUGGACUGCAAUCGAUAUGAUACAGUGUGGCAAAGCUACAUCCACCAAACCAGAGUUACUGGGAGUGGACUUAGUUGGAGUGGCUUGACCAAGACGAGCAUGUCUGGUGCUAAAGGGUUCAGCGAGUUGCUCUCAGUGCUUUUGUUGGGGAUAUGUCUUAUCACUUCAGCUCAGAAGUAUGUGGGACCAUCUGGCCCACCAGGCCCUGCUGGUGUCCCAGGAAUCGACGGAAUUGCUGGCGACAGAGGUGAAGAUGGAGAAGAUGGCUCUGCAGGACUUGAUGGUGCUCCAGGGAAACCUGGUUCUGCUGGACUUCCUGGACUGCCUGGAGAUGAUGGUUUGACUGGUCCCACAGGAGAUUCAGGCCCAGAUGGCCCCACUGGACAGAAGGGAGAGCCAGGGAAACCUGGACCUCGGGGAGAAGCUGGUAUCGGGCCUGAUGGACCCCUGGGACCACCAGGGCCUGGUGGACUUCCAGGUGACCUCGGUAAAGUUGGCCCUCCAGGGGCCAUGGGUGUCAGAGGGCCAGAAGGACCCCGUGGACCAACAGGACCUCGUGGUGCUGCAGGCAUACAGGGCAGGACAAUGGAACUGUGCCCCAAUGCAUGUCCAGCUGGUACACCUGGCUACCCUGGACCACCUGGCAUGAAAGGCCACAAAGGUGUGAAGGGAGAGACUGGAGAACCUGGUAAACAGGGACACAUGGGAGAAGUGGGAGACCAGGGUGUCCCUGGAGAGGUUGGAUCCAAUGGCCCAACAGGUCCACAGGGAAUUCAAGGUGCUACAGGAAUUAUGGGUCCCAAAGGGGAGAUGGGACCUCGGGGUAAUGAUGGGGAUUCAGGUACUCAGGGGGUUGCAGGAGCCACUGGUGAUCAUGGCCAGAGGGGGUUAAUGGGAGAGACUGGUGUUGGGGGAGAACAAGGACCCCAAGGACAAAGAGGUAUCACUGGUCUGCCAGGGCCUAAGGGUGAGAGUGGUUUACCUGGUGUAGAUGGGCGUGAUGGAAUUCCUGGAUUACCUGGAGUUAAGGGCAGCCCUGGGAAACCUGGAAACCCUGGAGAGGUUGGACUUCAAGGAUUACCUGGCUUACCUGGUGUUACAGGAUCAAAGGGAGCUGCUGGUGAAAAGGGCAAUGCUGGACAGCUAGGCCUUAUUGGAACUAUGGGAUCUGCUGGAAAGCCUGGAGAACGUGGAGAACAGGGAGAAGUUGGACCUGUAGGCCCUACUGGUGGACUGGGAGAUAGAGGUGAGCCAGGGCCACCUGGACCUAUGGGGAACCCAGGAUCCAGAGGAUUUAAAGGUGAUCUUGGUCUGCCUGGUCUUCCUGGAUCCCCAGGCAUACUUGGAGAGAAAGGUGACAGGGGGGACCCUGGAGAAUUCGGAUCUAAAGGAGAAAAGGGAGAACAAGGUGCAGAGGGAACCCCUGGAGACAAAGGAAAUGUUGGGGAGCCUGGAGAGCCUGGAUCUACUGGAGCAACUGGUAAUCCAGGAGAACCAGGAAACAGAGGCCCUGAGGGUGCCCGUGGGCAGCCUGGCAUCGAUGGACCCUCUGGUAGUCCUGGACCCCGUGGUGUACAGGGGAACAGAGGAGCUCCAGGUCCUCGUGGUUCUCAGGGCCCAGCAGGGAAAGGACCAGGUGAUCAGCACAUCAAACAAGUUUGUAUGCGAGUAAUGCAGGAGCAACUGGCCCAGCUAGCUGCCAGUUUGAGGAGGCCGGAGUCUGGUGCUGUUGGUUUGCCAGGCAGACCUGGGCCCCCUGGUCCUCCAGGUUCCCCAGGAGAUAGUGGUUUCCCUGGACAGGCUGGUGCAAGAGGACUCCCUGGACUCAAAGGACCUACUGGAACAAUGGGUCUCAAAGGGCCUAAAGGUGAAAUCGGAGACAGAGGAGAUAGAGGCCAAACAGUACGAGGUCCUAAAGGGAUGCCAGGACCACCUGGUUUGCCAGGUGAGCAUGGUAAGCCAGGUUAUGGUCAAGAUGGUCAUGACGGAGUAAGUGGUUUACCAGGCCUUCCUGGACAGACUGGUGUUCAUGGAUCUCCUGGCCCUAUUGGACCUCCUGGUUACUGUGACCCAUCAGCAUGUAACUUGAGCAUAGUUACUGCUUCCCAGUCCCUCACAAACUAUGACAUUAAAGGGCCGGGUGGUUACUGAGUUUCUUGUGGACACAAAAACUGAGACAGAAUGGUGUAGGUCAUAGCAUUGGUACCAAAGACCUAUGCUAUGCUAACAUGAUGAAGUAAUAACCACAUCUGUAAUAAGCACAAAAAAUUACAAUUUUCAAACAGAGCAUUAUUUUUAAACUUUGACAUUUUUUUUUUUUUACAUUAAAGUGAAAUUAAGCAUGUUUAAUUAAUUUCUUAUUUAACAUUAACAAUUUAUUAUUGAACAUUAUUUUUUCUUUAUCUAUUGUCUAUUACAAAAGGGCAAGGGGGCUUCAGGGGACUUGUUUGAACCUCAGACUGGCUCUGGCUGUUUUAGAGUGACACAUUCUGAAGUGAUCAUGUUGAUGCCUGUUCCUUGUGAAGGCUAUGCCUUUCACAGUCAGAAUAUUGAAGGGCCUCUCUCUUUUAAAAAGCCACCUUGUUUACUUUUGUAAACUAGACUGUUUUGGGAACGCAAACAAAUGCAAUCUACUGGUUAUCUGAAGUAGCAAUAAACAACAUGAAACCAGUUGGAGAACUUACUUGCCACAGCACUACUUUUGACUGUGGGUGAGGGCUUUUUUUUUUUUUUUUUUCUGUUUAUGAUUCAGUUUGUCAGUUUAGAAGGGUCCUUUAAAAGCAUCACCUCAGGUUAAAGCAAGUCUACAAAUGACACCUGUGCUGAAUCCAAUGCAGAAUGUAUUUGUUCACAAAAAUCUGAGAAUUGUUGACGGAUCGAUAAGUUCAGCUAUUACCUUUUUACUACUGAAAUUGCAUGUCGCUACUGUACAACUAAGUGAUUUAUUUAACAGCCAAAUCUCACAAUAUACUGUAAUAACCAUAAUGAUUAAAAUUAACAUUAGUUAGCAAGCUAGCUUAGCAGGAAAUUUCAGUAUCUGUAGGUUUCUUUUUACAAUAAUAAUCUUUAUCAAUUUGCAUAUUGGACCAUGAGCGGCUUAAGCAGUUGUGCCAAUUUUGUUAGAUUAUUGAGAGUGUACAUAAGGCUUCAUGAAUGAGUUAUUUUAAGGAUGUACUGAGUUUUUAAAUGGAGAAAUGUGAAUUUAGUACUGUUGUAACAGAACUGACCAAAUGUUAGUCUGUAUAAUGAGAAUAAUACAUCCAAGGUGAGUUGAUCUUGAUCACAUUUUGUUGUAUUUGCUGUAAAAUGGCUUUUUUUUAAAUUUUAAAAAAUCUUUUGUAAAAUAUGACUAGGCAACAUUGUCACCAGAUCGCACUAGUCCAAAUACAAAAUUCAUUGUCAAGAAUAGUGCUCUUCCCAAAUGCUCUGGCCUACACUUGUGAAGAACCUACACAUAAAAAAAAUACUUACUUUUAAGCUAAACACACUACAAUCAUUAUGCAAAAUCGUAGUUAUGCUCUAUUAAUAUUCUGUAGUUUCAUCACUCCAGUAAUUCAUCUAUUUUCCUUCUCUUGCACAAAAAGCUGAGGUAAAUAUGAAUUUAAGAACCUAGCUUACAUAUCUUGCCCUUUUUAAAAAAACAAACAACCUGAGAAUAACGGUCUAUGUAAUACAUUUGGUCACACAUACAAGAUAACGUGGUAAUUAUGAGCAAAAACUGGGGUGCAAUGCUAAUUGUGAAAUAAUUAUUGAACAAUCCUCCUUUGUGAGAUCCUGUGAUAGUUAAAAAUUGUUUCUAAAGCUAUGCUAUUUAACACCAGUAAACUGAAUUAUUAGUUAAAAAAAGGCAACAUACGAUCAGGCUGGCCAUUGAGUGCUCUUUCAUUUAAUAUCCAUAGAGUUUUUGACCUAAGUGACAACUUUGGAUGGAAAUAUUGUGCUACAUAAUUUCCUUGUAAAAACUUGUGUAAAAUUCUUUUUUGAACUGCACAGAGUAGGGACACAUUUUUGCUCUCUUUUUCUCUUUCAUUUAUGGUACUUCUGUUUGUUUUGCAAAGGAAUUAUGAGCUUGACUUUGAAGGUUGUAAAGUAAUACACAUACAAUAUUUCGUGUAUUACUCGAAACAACACUGCGUUAUGAAAAAUGUCUGUGGUUAAUUAGCUUAAUCUCACACUGAAACUAUGGGUGAAUCUGACCUUUUAAUAGAGUAAGUUAAUUCUAAAAAAUAUUUUAACAAAACGAGGUGUCACUAUUGUUGGUGUCCACAGAAUUUCUUGUACCCAAUGCAUUUUCCCAUUUCUAGUUUAUUUAGUCACCUCAAGUAGUUGGACAGUGAUACAAUUUUUGUAGUUUUGCCCUUUUAUACCACCACAGUGCCUUUUCUGAGUCCCUCUAUUUUCACAGGCUCAAAAGUAGUUCAACAAACUAACAAUAUUAAAUAUUAGGGUUGUAUUCAAUAUUUGGAUGCAAAUCCUUUGUGGUUAAUGACUGCCUGAAAUCUGGAACCCAUGGACAUCACCAAGUGUUAAGUUUCCUAAUUGAGAUGCUUUGCAGCUGGCUUCAGUUUUGUCUUUAAUGAAAAGUAUGCUCAAUUGGGUUGAGGUCAUUCAACAUUUUAAUUUAACCAUAUUUAAGCCAUGUUUAAUAUAUACCUAUAUAAAGUUUAUUGUUGUCUUAAUGGCUGUAAGUUUCCCAGGUCCUGUGGCUGCAAAACAAGCCCAAAUCACCCCCCUUCCACCACUAUGCUUCACAGCUGAUGUGUUUGUCGGGAUAUGCUGUGCUUAGCUAAACAUAGGAUUAUGCAUGGUCAUCACCAAACAGUAUAACUUUUGUUGUUUGUUCAGAUGGAGUUUUCUAAACACUUUAUUCUUUUUGAAGAGAAGAGACUUUUCUUAACCACCCUUCUCUGAAAGUCAUACUUUGGUCUUUUUCUGAUUGUGAACAAUUACAGUACCUUCCUCAGAUCAGCUGAGUAUUUAGCAAGGAAAGGAAUCAACUGUUCAUCAGUUUUAUAAGGUAAGGCAAGGGACUGGAGGUCCUGGCCAUAACGAUGUAGAAAAGUGGCUUUGCCUGAAUAAGAGGGUUUUUUUUUCAGCAUCUUCAAGAAUGCCUUAAUAUGCUGUUCCAGGACUGGAUCAAUGUAGCAUCUGUUAUUACAUACUUUUUGCACGUUACACUUUUAUUACAAAAGUAUUUUACAAAAUUUACACAUACAGUACAUGUUACAUGUGCAAUAAGUAUGUCAUAACAGGUGUUAUUAUAUAACACAUUACAUAGCAGGCUUAAUAAAUGUGUAAUAGGGCUAAUAGGUGUAGUAAUGUCUUGUGUAAGAACAUGUGUAAUAAAGGUGUAACAGGUGUAGUAAAUGUGUAAUGUUUGUCACUACAAAUAGUUUGCUUGUGACAGCAAGUCUGCUGGUGUAACGGCAUGUAAUAACAGGUAUAGUAAAUGUAUAACUACAGCUGUAAGGCAAUGGGUAAAGUUCGUCACUACAAAUGUUGGCUUGUGAAAGCAAGUAUAAUGGCAUGUAAUAAAUGUGUAAUAACA